AACAACUUAUGUAUUUGGUUUAGAGCAAUGAUGGCUGAUAACAACUCAUUGGUUGGUGGUGAGUUCUCGCGGCGGAAGAUCAAUGACAAGGUCAUUAUUGUGCAGCUUCUGGUGAUGAUUUUUCUUUGCAUCAAUAUUUUGCUCUUAAUAACCUUUUUAAAAAAAGAGGGCUUUUACACAACUACACGCUAUAUCUUAUUUGCUGUUAUGCUGCUGUCUGAUAGCAUAAUAUUAAUCAUGUCUGAUAUCCUGCUAAUCUUGAGCUAUUUUCAAUUCACUAUGCACAUUUGGUUAUGCAUAAUUAUCUCGUUUGUGGUACUUCUGUAUUUUGUAGUCACACCAGUUACUUUGACAGUAAUGACUCUGGAGCGCUAUGUGGCCAUUUGCAUGCCCCUGCGCCACGGAGAGCUGUGCACCACACGCAGCACUAUGAAUUGUAUCCUCAUCAUUCACUGCCUCAGCUCUGUACCCUGUAUUGUUAUUUUCUCCAUGUAUUUUGCAUCUGCCUCUCUUAGAAUUUACAAACAAUACAGUGUGUGCUCUGUGGAGAUAUUUAUUUUGUACAGAUGGCAUGAUCAUGUUAGGUCAGCUGUAUAUCAAUUUUACUUCUUGAUCAUGUGUAUCUGCAUUGUAUUCUCCUAUGUUAAAAUAAUGAAAGUGGCCAAAGCUGCAUCAGGAGAGAAUAAAAAGUCAACAUGGAAAGGGCUCAGAACGGUAAUUCUUCAUGCUUUCCAGCUGCUGCUCUGUCUUAUCCAGCUGUGGUGUCCGAUCAUAGAAAGUGCUAUACUUCAGAUUAAUUUAAGGUUAUUUGUUGAUGUCAGGUACUUUAACUACAUAACGUUUAGUCUUGCUCCAAGAUGCCUGAGUCCUCUCAUUUAUGGCCUCAGGGAUGAAAAGUUCUUUCAUGCACUGAAAAGCUAUGCAUUUUUUGGUUUGUUUAAAAUAAAUAUUUGA